AUGAAACGCACCACGAUGGAUAACAAUUCAAGCAAUCAUCUUCCUCUGAGCCUGCAUAUAGAUCCUAUUUAUGAGCUUCUGAGGCAAUUACAGAUAAAGAACUAUUCAACACGGGAGUCCAUGGACCUGAUAAAGAGGUCUCCUCCAUACCUCUACACACCACCUUAUACAAGUCCACAAAGAGAGGAAAAUCACAAUGGAUUUACCGGUUGGAUUAAUCCAUCGGGAAGUCACUCGGUAACUUCAACUCAAACUUCGUUCUGGGAAAAUUUUUCCAAUUUCACCGAACCAGUAAGGAAGUAUUCGGAAUCAUACUAUUCUGAUAGUGAAAAUUCACACCCAAGAUCACUACCAAGCCCCGAAGAACAGACUAGCCCACCUUCCAAUCCACCAUCACCCUAUGGUUUUGUUGAAAAACCAAUCAUAUCCAACCAAGGAGCAUCUACUUCGUCCAAUGUAGCUUAUCAGCAAUUUCCCAGUCAGAAGAGCCCAUCUCCUGACUUGAAGUCAAGCCCCGCUGUAAGAAUCACGAAGCUAAAAGAGACCCUUCAAAAGAAGAAAAUGAAGAAAGAAAUGAAUAACAUGGAAUUUAUACGACAGAAUAUGCCGGCUAAAAGCUCAUCAAAACAAGUUUACCAGCAUAGAGAGUUAAGUCAGUCACCAGUUCCUUCAACAUCUUCAAUGGAAACCUGUCAUCAAGAGCAAUCAAUUCCGACCAAUGUUUGUCAAGACGAUGUAAACUUGACAAGUCCUAAUAACGUCGGUGCGCCAACUUCCACUAAAAGUUCUGUUGUUUACAUGAAAAAACCUAAUUCCCGAAGAAGAAAGCCCGUCAGGAUCACUCGCUUGAAAUUGACGAGGGAAGUGUAUGAAACGGCGCCUGGGAUCAAAAUUCCACGUUUCUCAAAAGGAAAAAUUAAAAGCGUUAAGUGCAAGUAUUGUAAGAUUUUAUUUGAUACAAAACAUGAAUUAUGGAUUCACUUAAGAAUACAUUUGAAACCGAAUAAACGUUUUGAGUGUUCGGAGUCUUAUUGUUCCUUCGUCACCAAUCUCCAUCAUCAUAUCGUUUAUCACGAGUGUUCGCACCUAGGAAUACGGCCAUUCCGUUGCAAUCAAUGCUCUUACACCGCUACCAAUAAAGCAAUGUUGAAGAGUCAUGAAAAAUCGCAUGCUGAUUUUUAUCUCUACGUCUGCAAAGAUUGUGGUUUUGGAAACCAAUACGUUAGCAAUUUAAAAAAACAUCUGGAAUACACGAAACAUAAUAAAGUUAUACGAGCUUUUGAUAAAGAAGGAAAUGAAUUUGAACUAGAAAUUGAUGUUUACGGAAAGACACGAGGUCCUAAAAAAAAUACAACUCCUAAGAAAGCCAAUCCAAAACAGAAGCCAACUGCUGACACAACUCCAGCUUCAUCCGAGUGUCUUCGUGAUAAUCUGCUUCAGGAAAAUCUUGUUGAAGCCCAAAAUCUUGGACGACAGGAUGCUCAGUCGGGAAACCUAUUACCAAUAAUAGAUCAUUACAAUGCACAAUCUUUAUAUUCACAAAGUCUUUAUAUGUCAAACCCUUCAGACUCGCAGAUAGAGCUGACCAACUCAUCAGUCAAUAGCCCUUUGUACCUCAGCUUGUUAGCUGCAAUAAAAAAUUUAUCUACUGUAGAUACUCCAAUUGCAAAUUCUAUGGAAAUUUCUUCAGACGAAGUUGGAGAAAUUCAACCCUUGGAUUUGUCGAUGAAGAACUCUAACAACACGUCCUCAAAUACCGGUCGAUCCUCCGGCGCUAGCAAACGCAAGGGCAAGACUAUCACCAAGUACGUUAAUAAAUAA